AUGUCGCAACAACAACGCAGAGAUAAUCGCUAUCAUCCAUACCGUUCCCAAACAUUGUCAUCUACCUUAUCAAAUAGUAACAGAAACUACGCACGUCCAGACGGUGUUUUACUCUUUCAGAAUGAUCAAGAAACUGAAGAAGAUCGCCGAAUUCAAGAAAACCCUCCGUAUCAAUUAACACUCACCGAAGAGGCUUUGUUCGCUCCCGGGAAACGUAAAUCAGCCAGCAAAAUACCUCGACCGUUGAACAGAUUUUUACUGUUCAGAAGGGAUUUCGAAGCGAGAUUUCGAGCAGAAAACCAGAACCUCCAAUUAGAUGCUGCUUUUUUAGCACCGAAAGCAAAAGAAGCAUGGAAGUUGCUGUCCGAGGAAGAGAAGCACUAUUUUAUGCUAUUGCAGAGAAAAGGUGCGAGAAAACACAGAGAAAAGUAUCCGGACUAUAAAUACACACCGAGAAGAGCAAACAAAAAACCCAAGAAAAGUCGACCGAAUGGAAAGCACCGCGAAGCCGAACUGGAAAACAGCGAUUCUAACAUUGUGCUAUCACCGUUGCAGUCACCGGUUGACUUGUCACCGAUUAGCACCACACCGACCAACACUGUUCCCGAAACGAUACCAUCAACGCAGAAUUUACACGAAAUAUAUCUUGUGCCAUACGCUGAAGACUCGGUAGCUCUCCAUUCACAGCAACAAACGAUGCAACAGUCUCCAAUCUCAGAUUAUAGUGGCUUAUCAACACCGCCGUCUCUUUAUCCACCUCAGAUCAUCUUUCCUGAUUCUGAUAAUUAUUCGCCUGAUGAAUCCAGCCCGUUGGUAAAUCCGUUCUGUCUCAACCAACAACUCACACCUUUGCAGAUAUCGGUACCGUAUUCUUGUUCGACUAGCCCUAUAUCCCCGACUCAUAUUCAAUAUGUCUUUGAAGAUUACACAUUCUCGUUAUACGAAGAUGAUACAUUCGUAAUGUAUCCUCCAUCUGACACAUCGUCCGAAUAUGAUAUACACAACUAA